GUCAGCACUUCUUCUUUUGUUCCUUGAUGCAGUUCAUUUUUUCUGAUAUAUUUUUAAAAUGCCUCUUCUUCCUGUUAUCCUAUAAGAGAAUGGCUUGGGCAGUGCUGUGUUGAUAUCCAAGUUAUCUGGAUUGAUUAUCCAUGUUUCUUUCAGAGAGAUGCAUUCUAAUCUAUAACCUUCAGGUACUACAAAAUCGUUUUUGCGAUGAGGUCAUGUUAUCUGAGGUUUUUUCAUGUGAUUUCCUUUCUGUCCAUCUGGCCAUGUAAUCCCUCCAUGGUUGUCACUUGCAGAUUUUUACUGGAAUUAAGAUUUAUCAUGCAGUGGCUUGGUUCAAGAUGUUGGACAUAUGUUACCUGGAUGGUUCCUAUCAAGUACUCUUCAUUGAAAUUUGAGGGUAACCAGGGCUUAGCAUCUCAAGUAUUGCUUGUUGCUUGUAUGUCGACUGUUCUUGGUACUGGGAUCGAGGAGCAUUACCAAAGUAGAAGGAAAUUUUGGACUACGUUGAAGCUUGCUGCCCCUGUUCCUUGACAAUGGGUGUUGUUUUGUCCGUUUCAGUUGCAGUCAUAUCUGUCCCUCUUCUUUGGGACUAUGUUGAAGCUUGCUGCCCCCGUCCCUUGACAAUAGGUGCUGUUUUGUUCGUUUCAGUUCCAUUCAUAUCUGUCCCUCUUCUUUUUCACGCCACAUGUCAAUAUUCCUGCGGGUGCUUGCUGCAUUACCGCUGCAUUGUUCUUCCUGUUUGUUCUGUAAGUAAGACUUUAUAUGUAGACAAAGCAAAGAAUCACACUUGUUUUAUUAAGAUUGAACUAUAUUGCUCACUUAUAGAAGAAUAUCUAGUGUUGAUAUUUGAGUAUGAUUGGUGUAAAUCUGUUGGCUGCUUUCUUUGCUCUUUUCAUCUCCAUUUUCUUCCCGUCUUUCUUUCUUUAUUUUUUUCUCAUGCUGAUUCAAUGUUACCCAGUGCUUUUAGUUUGAAUCUGCCAAAGGAUUUUGGAUUCUCUCAAAUGUUCAGAAUUUUUUUUUAGGUGUCAAUUUAU